AUGCUGAAAGCUCCUAAUGGGGUGGUCACGUUGGAUUUUGAUCCUGUGGCUGCUGGUGAACCCGAAGGCAUCAUCCCACGUGCUGUAAAAUUCCUCUUCCAGUCAAGAGAUAAGCUGGCGGAUUUAGACUGGCAGUUUGAGUUCAAGGCAUCUUUCAUUGAAGUAUACAACGAAGAAAUUUAUGACUUGCUUGGUGAGCGGAAAAAACUGGAUAUUGAGAAUAUUCUUGCGGUAACAGAUUUGACAAGAUCAACUGCGGCGACGAAAUGUAAUGAGCAGUCAAGCAGAAGUCACGCAGUAUUUGAACUCGCAAUACAAGGGCAUAAUACAACCUCAGGAUCGUCUCGUCAUGCAUGCUUACACUUGGUGGAUCUUGCUGGAUCUGAACGAGUCAAAGAGUCUGGCUCUGAGGGUCGCUUAGAAAGGCUCAAGUCUGUUUCACUGUUUCAGAACCAGCAGAUACCCUACCGUAACUCGAAAUUGACCAUGAUUCUACGCGACAGCCUCGAAGCUGGCAAUUCGAAGACGAUGGUCAUUGUAACACUGAACCCAGCUGUGACCCAAAUUCCUGAAGCUAAAUGCAGCCUUGAAUUUGCGCAACAGGCUGUUCGUCGUUUGCUCAAAGGUGAUCCGGUAUCUAUGGAAUGGUGUCGAUCCAAAGAAGAGAAAAUGCAAUUGCUAGAUGCUGCUAUAGAUAUCGUUGAUGGAAGUGUGAUAUUAGCUGUUGUUUUGUUUCUGAAAAGUACAUUGAUGAAUUCAUUGUUUCGGGAUCUGUUGUUGAGAAGAUCUCAAGCUGCGGACGAGCACGUAGCCUAUUUAAAAGCUACAAGGGAGUGUGAUGAAUUGGCGACUACGUUGUUCGCUCUCGGAAGAAACGCUGAUGCAGCCAUGGUGGAGUUCUCCGCUGCUAUACGACAUCAGGUUCCAGAGCAGAAGGUUCAAGCUUUUAAGAAAUGUGUUCGAAGUGGCUUCAGUGAUCCUAUGCUGGUGGCAGAUGCAGCCAUUAUCGCUGAUUAUCAAAGUAAAAACGCCAUCUUCACAGCGUUCCCAAAGAACGCGUCUUUUGUUGGAAAACCGGUCAUUGCUACAUACUACUAUUGUUGUCUAUAUCACUAUGAUGACCCACUA